AUGGCGUCCAGAGCAGCAGCCGCCGUUGUUUUAGCCCUGGCCUUGGUCUGCGCCGCACAUUCGGCAGCAGCCGCCGGGAAUCUGUCCCCUGACUUCUACAAGAAGGCGUGCCCGCAGCUGGACCAAAUCGUGGCAUUCCAUGUGGCGGAGACCUUCCGGCGCGACGUCGGCGUGGCGCCCGGCCUCAUCCGCAUCCUCUUCCAUGACUGCUUCACCCAGGGCUGCGACGCAUCGGUGCUCCUUAACGCAACCGACGGUGAGCAGAAGGUGGGGCCCAACCUAACACUUCGGCGGGUGGCGCUGGACCUCAUCGAGCGCAUCCGCAGCGCGGUGCACACCGCCUGCAAGGACAACAAGGUGUCCUGCGCCGACAUCACCGUGCUCGCCACCCGCGAAGCGGUCUUCAAGGCCGGCGGGCCGCGAUUCGACGUGGAGCUCGGCCGCCGCGACGCGCUCGCCCCGGCGCCUGCCCAGAUCAACAAGCUGCCGGGGCCCUCCUUUCCUGUGCCCCUGCUCAUCCAGUCCUUCAAGGGCCGUGGCCUCGACGUGGCGGACCUGGUGGCCCUCUCCGGCGCGCACACCUUCGGCGUCGCGCACUGCUCGCUCUUCCAGGACCGCUUCAAGCCGGGCUUCGGGAACCCGCCCAUCGACCCCAAGUUCGCCACGAUGCUCAAGGACAAGUGUGCCAAUGACUUCGACCGCAAAAAGACGCAGAGCCUCGACGUGCGCACGCCCGACGCCUUCGACAACCAGUUUUACAUGGACCUGGUCGCCAAGCAGGGGCUGUUCAGGUCGGACCAGGGACUCAUCGAGGACCCGGCCACCAAGGCCUUGGCCGCCCAGUUCUCCCUCGACCAGCGCGCCUUCUUCGAGCAGUUCGCCAAGUCCAUGACCAAGAUGACCAACAUGGAUGUGCUCACAGGCAAGCAGGGCGAGAUCCGGAACGACUGCGCCGUCCCCAACAAGCGCGUCACCGCCCACGGCGACGAGGAGGGCCAUGCCGCCGACAUCGCACUGCACGCCCACGGCCGUGCUGCUCCAGCGACGGAGGAUGGGAGGUGGAAGAGGGGGACCGAGGGGCGGCGACCCAAGAACUCGGCGGCACCUGCGCGGGUACUUGGGGCGCGACCUGACCGGGGGAGCCUGGAUCCAUCGUCGGAGGUUGAGGCUGAUGCGCUCAUUGGUGCAAUGGGGGCGGGGCCUGGCAGCGCGGCGGUGUUGCCCGGCACCGCAGGGAGGUAG